AUGUAUUUGAACACGCCAAGCGCUCCCUGGCGUGUUUUUGUGCUCCUCCUGCUCUGCGCAACGGCUGGCUCGGAGAGUACGUCGGACGGCGACAAUGAUGAAGUCAGACUGUGCAGCCUAGGAUGGGGAAUCAACGCCUUCACAUUGUUUGUGCAGUUUUGUCUGCUUUUUAUAGUGUCAGUCGACCACACCUUCCCCCCAAGCAGAGUCAUGGCAUGGAUGGGUGGGUGGGCAUCAGCACUGAUGAGCGCCUGUUGGAAAAGUGCGAAAAGCAUUUGCAAAUGCAGGGCAGCGCGUUUCAAGGACCUGCUGGACGAGGCAAGAGCGAACGAAAAACGUGCGCUUGAUCUACAGCGUCUCGUAAGCGAGGGGGCGCCUUACCUGGUUGAACGCAGCAACGACUGGGUGUCGGUGUCUCCUCCAGGUGAUAUUUCUUCAGUGAGGCUGUACUUAAUUCGAGGAAUGUACUUGGAUGGAAAGCACCUUGAGAGCAGCGAUGCACAGUCGCAUGCGCUGAUCUUCGAAAAUAGGACACAGGAUGCCAAGCCUUUCUUGCAUCAGGGAGGCAUAGCUUUGCAAGGAGUUAAGAGUCUGGGCAGCUUGUUGUUGCACUUGGUUAUGAUCGUAAAUGCACUGCUCGCGGUUUCAAACACGGCGGGGGCAGCGCUGUGGUUGGUCAAAUUGCCAAGCGUUGUGGGUGCCGCAUAUGCCACAUCCAGAUUGGGUACGAAGGCGCUGGUAUUGGGGAUAUGUCAAUGGUUAUAUUCACGGUUUCCCACCGGUCUUUACCUUUUGGAAGGUGCAGACUUGGAGUACGUCCAGGCUCGUUGCAAGUACAUGAAGCUCCAAAACAUCUGGAAACUCACCGACUUGUACGGUGAGACCAUUGAAGGAGGGAAAUGCACUUGGUGGCUCAUAGAAGAUAUUGGUCCUGGGACAAGUUGGGGCAAAAUACAGUGCCAUGUCAGACGCGGAGACAUGCUGUGGUCGAAAGCACCGUAUCUGAUUGAAGGCUUCUUCAGCUAUCCCUAUUUAGUCCCGGGCACGUGCGCUUUCAUUGGCUAUUGCGUGUUUUCCUGGCCGUACUGCUGGAUAGCAGCUCCGUUCCUGCUGAUGCUUGCUGUACGCAAUAACUGGUUGAGAGCAGGGCUGCUUCGCGAGUCCACCAUCAAAUCAACAACUUUUCUUAUGGGGGCUCUUUUGUGGUUUGUCUUUGGGAUGGUACUGGUUAUGUUCUAUGACAUGUUCAUUGUCGCGGCCGGAUUUCUAUACACAGGAGUGCCGUAUUGGGAGGCUGUAAAGAGGACCUAUGAUGCGGGAGACACGGAGUGCGUCCUCAGGGACAGAUUCACCACAGCGGCAGAAUUUCUGACCCUUCAUUGA